AUGGCAGACUUUCAAUCGCUCAGUGGUCAGGCAGAGACGGCAGAGCCCGCAGGUAGCGGUGCCAGUACGAGUGGAACGAAAAACAGAUCGCCCUCGUCUUCCGGCGCAUCAUCGGUCGGGUCGGCUUCGACACUGAGGAAGUCGUCUUCGUCGACUCUGGCUGCCACCGCAUCAUCGCCCGCUGCUGGACAAAGCCCUCGAACUUCGCGCAAUACCUCACCACUGCGAAAAGACAAGGCGCCGACGCUGACCAACACCCUUUCGACCCAGCCUUCUGCCGCAGCGAUACAACGUGCUCUUUCCGCAUCGAGCGUGCCACAAUUACAACAGCCAGGCACGGCAACAUCAGACACAGCGUCCAAGCUACCGCGCGGGCCUAAAAGCACCGUGGCAUCGGCAGACUCCACACCGCAAUGGCCUCUGUCUCCGAGGCUAAAGUCUCCUCCACCUUCGGGACUGAAUUCCAGGCGUGGCUCGGCUGUCGCAGUGAAGAGACCCGAAGCACCACAGGCACCCACCAUUCAAGUAGUGUCAGCAUCGCCAGCAGCAAGCGCUUCGCCGCAGACAUCAAGACCGUCGAGCGGGGAGAGCCAGAAGGGUGAGCCACAGCUGCAAGCUCCGCUGGCCAAGAGCUCCUCCCGAGGUCCUAGCGGGAAGUCGAUGUUGGAGACGGUACAGGAGAAUACUUCGGAUWCACAAGAACCGAGUCCAGCCGCCGUUCAGGCUGCAGCAGAGUUGAAGCCGCUUACCAAAAUAUCAGAUCACGAAUCUACAGCGCUGAAAUUGAAGCGAAAGUUGUCCAAAGCGGAGUUGGAAAAGCAGCCAGGAGAAAGUGGCAGCGAGAGUCCCGGAAAUAAGAGUGACAACAUGACACGAGGUCGUAAGGAGACUGGCUCUGUCAACAAUAACAGCCAACCUCAACAACGCCAGAAGAGUGWCAGCACGACCUCGAAGGCUUCCUACACUGUGCCUGGUAACAAGGCGCGCUCUGGCGAUGGAACGCAAAAUAUGACGGUCGAAACGGAGACGGUGCAAUCGAUUCCACAGUCCGCUCUAGCUCCAGCUGGCGAUCGUUCCGUCGGUGUCCGCGGCGAGAAUGGCGGGAGCGUUCGACUCAAGCCCAGCAAUGAGACGAUUCGGCCCAAGAAGGAACGCAAGAAAGCUGAGCGCAAGACGAGGAGCGUCACACAAGGAACAGCCACAUCCAAGGCCGAUCUCUUUGAGGCUCGGGUUGCCAACGCAGUGGAUGCGUCCGCCAACGGAUCCGACUCUGACGAGACUUUUGUCUAUGAAUCCAACCCUCCCGAGCCGAGGAGAUCACGACAUCACUCGCGAACGCCUAGUGUGACUUCUUCCCACAGCAUGGCAGGAGAGCAACGAAGCGCGAUUCGUAACUACGGCGAAGCCUUUGACGACCGUCGGAUUGGCGGCAAACGUAGUAUGAAGUUUUCCAGCAACCCCUACAACGAUCAUGAUAGUCCAGAGAGCAAUAACGGAACUAUACGGUCGCAUACCCCUCGACACAUCGGACGAUUCGGCCGCGCAGGGCACCAGUCCGCAAAUUAUGACCCCGAUUCGCCUUUCACGCAGGCUGCAAAGUUGCGCGGCAAUCAUCUCAAUCAUGUUCGCUCUAGGCCCAACUCUCCCAGAAGUCCGCAAAACAUGCAGUUCCGGCCUAGUGGAUUGUUCUCCGGCAACAAAAAGCAGGAGCAUCCGUACGAUUUCGAUGCUGAACAAAACGCAGACGAUGAACGGCAGCCUCUUCUUUCCGGAAGUAUUAGGACUCCUCGCCACGUACGGCAGCUUCAUCGGAUCUCUGGUGGGAGACGGGACUCUGCCUCGGACGACUUUGAAUAUCUCGAUCGGAAGAGAUACUGCGGAUGUUUCAAAGGCAAAAUGGGCGCAUGCGUGCUCACAACACUCAUGCUCAUUCUUGUCGUCGUCUCUGCCGUAUUCUUCGUCUUUGCGUCCAAUCGACCGCUGCAGGAUGUCAGAAUACGCAAAAUACAGAAUGUCCUGGCCAGCGAGCAGGAGUUGAUGUUGGAUUUGCUGGUGGGCGCGGUCAAUCCAAACACGAUGGGCAUUUCGAUCAGCGACAUGGAUAUCAACAUAUUUGCCAAGAGCAAGCACGUCAAUCUCCACAAGCCGAACCAUACUGAGGUCAGCGCAAGGAGGUCUAGGCGAGAACGAAGGAGCAAGACGACCGACUGGAAUCCCAAUCCAUCACAGGAUGAAUCCGGACACUGGCGAUCUCCGGGCGAUCACGAAAGGGGAUACGACCCCGAUCUGGAAAACUCUGAUGAUGCGCAGACCAUGCUGCUAGGCCGCAUUUUCCGCUUCGACCAAGCUCUCAUCUUCGAUGCAUCGCCAUUGACAGGCAAGGCUCAUGUCUCUUCCGGGCAGCUACGUCUAGCGAAGCCCGGAAACWAGACGGAGACUGGCGGCAGUGCRCGCUGGGAGGAGAUGAUCCAAUAUCCAUUCGAGCUCAUCGUGCGAGGCGUCCUCAAGUAUCAGCUUCCGAUAUCCUCCCGGGCGCAGAGUGCGGCAGUCGGAGCGAAGGUCAUGGUGCACCCCGAAGACGGCAUCGACUCACAUGGCAGCAUGCGUGUCACGCCUGUCGAUCGCAGCAAUCACUGGCAUUGGACGGACUGGCCUGACGAUGGAGAGCGAGACGAGGAGGAGGAGGAGGAAGGAAAAAGCACAUCGGUGUAA